AUGGCACCGGAAUUGCUCUGCCAGGGUCGUGACAUUUGGACCGUCAUCCUAAACUGCAUCACCGAGCAUUUCAAGUCUUCAAAGAGGAGUGACGACCGCGAUGACCUGUGCAGCAACGACGAUGAAUCUUCCUCCACCACUGUCAUCGCUAGACCACCCACGGAACCAAGUUCAGACCUUGAAAGGUCUACAAGCUCAAUAAUAGCCACACCACCACCACCAUCCCAGGCCCUCUCACAAACCACCAGAACAGAAAAAGGCCGAUUCAGCACCUCCUCCACAGCAACUCCACCCCAUAUCAGUCGAACCACACCCUCUCCAAUCUCCCACUCCGCACACUCAAACAUCCGCAUCCCAAUCCGGGCCCCAUCGCGCAUUCAUGCAAAAGCCGUGAGUGGCAUGAACAGCCACCACGAAGACUCAAUCGAGGACGUAGAGUCCUUUUCAUACCUGUGCAGUCUGAUCAGUAUCUCAUACUCAUCACAUCAGACUUCCCCCUCCUUUUCCAGCCAGGAUCUCGUCAUCACAAAUCUGGAUUCCAGCGGAGAAGGCACUGCGACGCGGAAACGAGCAUCUUCCAGAUUGAGCUUGCGUUUGGGUGAUCCUCCAGUAGUUUCGUUUCCAAAGGUGCCGGGUAGGAAUUUGAAGCCUUGUCCUCGGUGGUCGCCUCUUCCGCCGUUGCGGAAUUAA